AUGUCCGCUGCUAAUCCGCAAAUAGACGACUUUCUUUCCAGGGUGAAAGAGCUGGACAUUGAUAGAGUGCGAGAGGAUACGUUGCGUCGGCAGAAGCUAGAGCAGGAUAUUGCACUCAAGAAGAAGAAAUUAGGAGACCAAGGAUUGAAGAAGGUGCCAUUUGUACCUGCGAAGUCCGUUCAUUUAGCGAAGUUGAAUAUUUCACACACAAACACUGCACCCAAAUCAGAUAUACAGUUGAUCAAUCUGAGAGCCAGAGAAGAUGGAGAUGAAAACAAUCGCGAGGCUUUUGAGCAGCCAGUUCAAAGAUUUGAGAAAACCGUCAAAGAUCCUGUUGUCUCCUCAAAAUCGGGGUCGAAUGGCCCUCAGCCUGUCAAGCUGGAGGAUGUGUUGAAUGAACCAAAGCGAACAGACAUCAGGUUCAACAAAUCGUACACUCCAAUUCACCACCCAGAGAAGGAAAUUCCUAAGAGAAACACCCCGAUAACAACACCAUCAUCAAAGGAGUCAAGUCAGUCGACAUCGUCUUUCACUCCUCACAAACCAUCUCUUCCCACCAGAACUCUGAAUUCAACUUACAUUCCAUUGCCUAACUCAAUUGCAGCUAUUUCAGCUACAGCUGCGGCAAAGGCACCGGCUCUGAUGAGAACAAGUGAUGAUCCAGAUAUUUCCUCGACUGCUAAGGUCUCGAGCUCCUCCAACUACAUCCCCAUGCCCAGUUCUAUUGCAGCCAUGUCUGCAACGGCUGCGGCCAAGGCCCCUGCACUAAUGAGAACCACUGACAAGUCUGUUGGGGAACGUGCUCGUGGUCUGGAUUAUACUGCUAAGUUUUUUGCACAACCUGGGGAGAAGCCAGGCGAAGUGCCAAGUGUUUCCCACACUUCUCACGUCCCAGCAAGCUCUAUAACUAGUGCGAAGGCAAGACCAAUUGUUCCGAAGAAACCCGAGAUAGAUAUCAGGGCAAAAUCACCUGCUAUUGCUCACAAAGCUUUUACAAAAAGCAGUGCUGAAAUCCCGGAAGCAUUGAAAGCUGCAGCCAAACUUAGAUCACCAUCUCCAAUCCUUAAAAAAGAGACGCAACAACCAGAAGCACUGAAUCGUUUACAAAACCUCAACCGGUCUUCUCCGAUUAGGAAGGCUUCAGAAGAAGUCCCCGAGGCCCUCCGUUCAAAGCUGAGACCUGCUGUUCCGGUAAAAAAACCUGAUCUGGUGUUGCCAGAUGCCGUGGCUAAAGCAAACAGCAUCAUGAAGAAGUCUACUGGAAGUUACGAGCCUGUGAAGCGUAACGACUUCGAAAAAAAUAACGAAACUCUUCUCAAGAAUUCGCUCGCUGGUUUAAGAAGGUCACAGACAACACAACCGGAUCUUCCCGAAAGAAAACCCCCAGUCUCUGCUUCAACGUUUCCUGCUUCGUUCCCACAUAUGGUGAGAUUGCCCUUCAUGGACCCUAAUGCGGCACCUCCUAUUAUCCAUAACACCGCCGCUCCCACCCAACGCGUCAUAUCAAAAACCGACGCUCCUCAAAAACUGAACCAUGUGACGAAAGCCAGGUCCAAGGGUCCAAAAAGGCGACUUCCCGCUAACAUCAGCAAUGAUUCCACAUCUAGCAGUACAAGUACUGCCAGGCGGCCAGUCACUCCGGUGCCAAGUAUUCCUGUCAAGGUGAUUGUCAAACCGAAGAAGAUUCCUCCACCAAUAAGGUCGUCUUCCAGAAAAGUUUCCACCAGUGAAGUGUUUAUAUAA